AUACUUAUUGCACUAUAGAUACCUUUAUAAUGUAUUAUAAUGGUCGGUAUAAGUUUUGUGGAUGCUUUGUACUGCAUUAUAGUGAGACACCCACCUAUCCAGAUCCCCAAAAUGAUCCUUUCCGUUAAAGUGAUCAUUUAACCAACCGUAAUCUCGGAUUUUACGGCGACCAGGAUCCUGGGAAGCGGCUGCUUUUGGAGAAGCCGAAGGGAUGGUUUCACUAAAUGAUCGGAGGCUGGGGAGUUUCAGCCCAGCCAUGAUCCUGCUUCCAGUCCUUUGGCUUUUAACGGAGACCCGGGCAGCGCCGUCUCUCACGGCCAGCCAGAUGGACACGGGGGUGGAUUGGCUGAGCAAGUUUGGGUACCUCCCACCCCCAGAUCCAGUAACUGGCCAACUACAGACCAAAGAGGCUCUGACCAAGGCCAUCAAAGCCAUGCAGAAGUUUGGAGGCCUGGAGGAGACAGGGGUGCUGGAUCAAGCCACUCUGGUUCUGAUGAAGACCCCCCGCUGCUCACUGCCGGACCUGCUGGUACCGGAGGAGUCCUCAAACCGAGGCCGCCGGGCCCUGCCACCCCAGAGCAAGUGGAACAAGAGGCAUCUGUCCUGGAGAGUCCGAACAUUUCCCAAGGAGUCGCACCUGCUGGGCCGGGACACCAUCCGUGCUCUCAUGUACUAUGCGCUGAAGGCUUGGAGUGACAUCGCGCCACUAGACUUCCACGAGGUCGCGAGCAGCCGCGCCGAUAUCCAGAUCGAUUUCACCAAGGCCGACCACAAUGACGGCUACCCUUUCGACGGACCUGGUGGCACCGUAGCACAUGCCUUCUUCCCUGGGGAGCGCUUCUCUGCGGGUGACACCCACUUUGAUGACGACGAGUCCUGGACCUUUCGGUCCCCAGACUCGCACGGCAUGGACCUGUUUGCGGUUGCGGUCCAUGAGUUUGGUCAUGCCAUCGGGCUGGCACACACAUCCGCCAUGGAGUCCAUUAUGCGACCGUACUACCAGGGCCCUGUGGGCGACCCACUCAAAUACGACCUUCCGUAUGAAGACAAGGUCCGCGUCUGGCAGCUCUAUGGGGUUCGGGACUCCGUGUCGCACACCAUCCAACCUGAUGACUCCUAUUCUGCAGAAUCACCGAUUCUGCUGGACCUCCCUGAAAACAGGUCCAUCAUUCUUCCUUCAGGAGACACCCCGGACAGAUGUAGCACCGCCUUUGAUGCUGUGGCCCACAUUCGGGGAGAGGCGUUUUUCUUCAAAGGAAAGUACUUCUGGCGCUUGACCCGGGAGAAGCACCUGGUGUCGCUCCGCCCUGCUGAGAUCAGCCGCUUUUGGAGGGGCCUGCCAUCUAACCUGGACGGCGUGGAUGCCAUAUAUGAAAGGCCGGGGGACCACAAGAUUGUCUUCUUCAAAGGAGUCAAGUACUGGGUUUUCAAAGAUAACCACGCAGAAGAGGGCUACCCCCGGCCGAUCAGCGACUUCGGCCUGCCCAUGGAGGGCGUGGAUGCUGCCUUCGUGUGGCUCCACAACGACAAGACCUACUUCUUCAAGGACAACCAGUACUGGCGCUUUGACGACCACCUGCGGCAGAUGGACACGGGGUACCCCAAAGACAUGGCUCUGUGGAAGGGCGUACCCCCUAAACUGGACGACGCCAUGCGCUGGUCAGACGGUUCCUCCUACUUCUUCAAGGGUACAGAGUACUGGCAGCUUCAGGACAGCGCCAUGGAGGUGGAGCCGGGUUUCCCACGCUCCGUGGGGAGGGACUGGCUACUCUGUACAGACAUGCAGUCAGACUCGCCCGCCACGGAGCCUAACGUAACAGAGAGGACACACCCGCGGGCCCGUAACCAUGCCGACCACGCCGAGAGUAGCUACGAGGUGUGCUCCUGCACAUCUGACUCGGCCACGGCCCUAUGCUCCUGCCUCUUUGGGCCGCCUCUCUCUCUCCUGGUGACCCUCUGCGGCACGUUCCUCACUCUCCUGCUGUGAGGCGGGGGCACUCGCUGACAGAUAGUACUGUGGGGGGUGGUUUUUCCUCUAUCCUCCUACAGACAGCCGCCCCACCCUCAAAACGACUCUAACAGCGGCCUUUCAGCUGUCCUGUAGGAUCCCUUUAAAGCCGGUGGUUUUACAUCAGGUUUGCCAUCCUAAUUACUGCUGUAAACAGCGUUGUAGCUUGUUUCUUGGCCUUCAGCGCAUGUGGAAGUCCUGACAAUGGCACCAUUGCUCCUGUGGCACCCUGCUGUGGGCGGCUGGGCCCCAUUCUGAUCGCAGUAAUAAUCCCAUUUGGGAAGGACAGCCCUUUGCUGCAUGGUGUUUCCCUGCUCUGUCCUUAUCCUGCUGCUGCCACUCUGAAAGUGUCAUCGUUUCAUCACCUUCCAGAUGUGGUCCUCCGUGUCCAUUCCAGUUCCAUUCCAGUUCCAUUCCAGUUCCUUCCCAGCCAAAACCCUUCCUGUCCAUACUAAGGUUUUAAAUACGUUUUGUUGCUGAUAAACGCCCAAAAAUCUGUGGCCAAA